UAUUUUACUUAUUUACUUACUUUUUAUUUUAUUUUGUGUUGUAAUCUCCGACCAGUUGAGGCUAAGUCCGAGGUUAUACCUGAUACAGAACCUAGUCACUGCAACCCAGCACACACUAUCAGUGCUGCUCUCUGUUACACCACGCAGCUGGUCAGUGUCCUUAGUUACAUACUGGACGUCACACUACCACGGCGACAGUCUUACAUUGACUUCUGCCGUGGUGACAUGUCCAAAAAACAGUUCAACAGUGCUGUGGGGAGACUGAAUCAGAAUAUUGUCCAUUUGUGUCAAUCCCAGGGUGUGCCAUCUGAAGAAAUCACCCCCAUGUUACACCUUCAGAAUAUUUUGCUUUUGCUCAGUUCUCCUCGGCUUGGAAGUGAGAGCCCGUUCGAAGCUCAGGCUGAUAUCAUCCAGUCUAUUGAGAAGAUCAGUUUGUCUGACGACAGCGAAGAAGACCGGGAUUCUAUCGUCGACGAGACGGACUCCAACUUUGACUGGGAACGCGUCUGUUAUGAGAUACCGGAGGUGGAUCGAACGGGUCAAGUGGCGUCCUACAUCCCCAACAUUGCGACGUCGACACCUAUGGAACCACAGUCGACGGCGGGAAGCAUCAUGUCUACUGCUGCUGCAUCUGUGGCAUCACUCUGGAGAGCUGCUGCCAGCCAUUAUUUUGACCGACGCUGAUGAGGAUAAACUUCUGUUGCAUUAAUGCAUUUUUGUUUUUGAGUGUUUGGACGUCCGUUUCUGCUUGUGUGUGCAGCCAUAGAUAUUUGUAUCAGUGUUAUGAUUAUAUCUACAAACAUAUACAUGUAUGUUUGUAUGUGUGUGUGUGUGUGUGUGUGUGUGUGUGUAUGCAAAUAUCUACUUGAACAUAUGUACACAAAUGAAUAAAAAAAUGUGUUUGUGUGUGUAUGUAUAUAUAUAUAUGUGGGUGUGUGUUUGUGUAUAUAUAUAUAUAUAUGUGUGUAUGUAUAUAUAUAUAUGUAUGUGCGUUUGUAUAUGUGUGUGUGUGUGUUUGUGUAUUUGUAUGUAUGUAUAGGUAUAUACAUGUAUGUGUGUAUAUGUAUAUAUAUGUAUGUGUAUAUGUAUAUAUAUAUGUAUAUGUGUGUGUGUGUGUAUAUGUAUGUGUGUGUGUGUAUAUAUAUAUAUAUAUAUAUAUAUAAAUGUAUGUAUAUAAUUACAUAUAUUUAUUUAUUUCAUGUUGAGAUAUUCAACCUAACCACUCUGAGUUUGUUUGUUUUUUUCCUCUCUCUCAAUGACAACAAAAUAUUUGUUCACUUCAUUCUCUACAUUAAUAUCAAUUACUCUCUUCUUUGUUUGUACUCACCAUAUAUAGCUAUUAUUGCUACUUUAUACAUACAUACAUACAUACAUACAUACAUACACACAAGCAUACAUGCAUACACACUCACACACACACACACAUGUACAGAUGUAUGUAUGUCUGCAUAUGUAUAUAUUUGUGUGAGUGUUGUAUAUUGCUGACCUUACACCAAAAUUUGAAGCAUUACUACUACUACUACUACUACUACUACUACUACUACAAGGGUGACAAGCUGGCAUAAUUGUUACCAUGCUGGACAAAAUAUGCCCAGUAUUAUUUCUUUAUGUUGGAUGUUUAAAUUCCAGUUGGGUCUACUUUUGCCUUUCAUUGUUUCAGGAGGUGAUGAAAUAAUUAUCAGCUGAGCACUGGGGUUGAGGUAAUUGACUCCCUUCAAAAAUUCCAGGCCUUGUGUUUAUAAUAAGGAUUAUUAAUAUUAUUAUUAUUAUUAUUAUUAUUAUUAUUAUUAUUAGGUGGCAAGCUGGCAGAAUCGUUAGCACGCUGAGCAAAAUGCUUAAUGGUAUUUCGUCUGCCACUGUGUUCUGAGUUCAAAUUCCACCGAGGUCGACUUUGCCUUUCAUCCUUUCGGGGUCGAUAAAUUAAGUACCAGUUACGCACUAGGGUCGAUGUAAUUGAUUUAAUCCCUUUCUCUCUCCUUGUUUUUCCCCUCUAUGUUUAGCCCCUUGUGGGCAAUAAAGAAAUAAGAAAUACUUAGCUUAAUGUUUUGAGUUCAAAUGCUGCCAAGGUCAGGUUUCUCUUUCAUCCUUUUGUGGUCAUUGAUAUACAGUACUAGUAAGUCCUGGAGUUGAUCCCCAUGCCGUGGCCCCUUCCCCUAAAAUUUGCUGGUCUUGCACCAAAAUUUGAAACAAUUAUGAUUAUUGUUACUAAUGGUGAAGGCUCGUGGCUUAGUGGUUAGGGUGUUGGACUCAUGAUCAUAAGAUUGUGGUUUCAUUUCCUGGACUGGGCAGUGCAUUGUGUUCUCAAGCAAAACAUUUCAUUUCAUGUUGCUCCGGUCCACUCAGCUGGUAAAGGUGAGUAAUCCUUAGAUGGACUAUCAUCCCAUCCAGGGUGGGGGUGAAUAUAUACACCUUAAGGCGGUGAGCUGGCAGAAUUGUUAGCACGCCGAGCAAAACGCUUAGUGGUAUUUCGUCUGUCUUUAUGUUCUGAGUUCGAAUUCCACCGAGGUCGACUUUGCCUUUCAUCCUUUUGGGGGUUGAUGAAUUAAGUACCAGUUGCAUACUGGGAGUGAUCUAAUCGACUGGGCCCCUCCCAACUAAAAUUUCAGGCCUUGUGCCUAGAGUAGAAAAGAAUACAUGCACCAGAGAGUCCAGGAAACAGGUCCUGUGAGUCUGUAUGACUCAGGAAGUUUGUUUUAUCCAUUUUUUUUUUUUUUUUUUUUUAAUUACAAUUUGAAAUAGAGAUUAUUGUUAACAAGGGUUGUAUGGGUUAGAAUUAGGGUCAACCCAUGGCUAAAGCUGCAACUACAGCGACAACAGCAGCAGUAUCGUCUUGAAUUUUACUGGUUGUAUUUAUGAUGGUCUUUACCACUUCCACCACCACCGCCAUCAUCGUCAUCACUGCCAGCAUCGUUGUUCAUGAAUAUUGUCAUCGCCACCACCGCUAACGUCACUAUCAUCACUGCCACUACCAACUUAAGUCAUCAUCAUCAUCAUCACCACCACCACCACCACCACCGCCGCCAUCAUCAUCAUCAUCAUUAGCAACAACCAGCUAUGAAAUACACUAACCAAAAUAAUAUGAAGGCCAACUCUAACUUGGUAACAGCUUGAGUGUAACUUUGCCUUGGACUUAAGUUGAGUGUAGCUUUAUAUCGGAUUUGAGUAUAACUUGGUUAGUGCUUCAGUUGAGUGUAACUUGGUUGGGGGUCCUAGUUGAGUUGAACUUGGUUGAAGCUUGAGUGUAACUUGGUUGGGGGUCCUAGUUGAGUGGAACUUGGUUGAAGCUUGAGUGUAACUUGGUUGGGGGUCCUAGUUGAGUGGAACGUGGAGCUUAACUUGAGUGGAACUUAAAUUGAGAGGGCCUUUGUAUUGGACUUAAGUUGAUUGUAAACUGGUCAGUUCUUAGGUUAAAAGUUGAGCAUAACUUCGAACAGGUCUUAAGUUGAGUGUAACUUUGUGCAGGGCUUAGGUUUAGUGCAGCUUGGCACAUAGCAGGAUUCAGUGUAACUUGAAGCAGGCUUCAGUUGAGUGUAACUUGGCACAUGGCUUAAGUCAAGUGUAACUUAAGGUUCAAAUGUAACUUGGUACGUGGUUUAGGUUGAGCAUAACUUGGUAUAUGGCUUGAGUUGAGAGUGACUUGAUGCAUGGCUGAGGUCGAGUGUAACUACAAUAAGUUAUAAUGAGUACUCAUUUGACAUACUUUAGGUGAUAUAAAUGCCUACAGAAGUCCCUUAGACCUUGUAUCGAUGUCUGAUAAGAUUGUUUCAAAUGCUUGGUGUUUUGUCAAAGUACUACUACGACUACUACAUACCUUCACACAGAUGUUUGCAGUUAUGUGUUUCCAUAAUAUCUGAUAUUACUUAUUCUGUGUUAAUGGAAUUUUUUAAAUUUUCUCCCUAUAUAGCUAAGUUUAUUUUUAUUAUUAUUGUAAUUAUUAUUAUUAUUGUUAUUAUUAUUAUUAUAAUUCUAAAUUUUUUUUAUAAAUGUUAAAAACCAUUAACAAAAAUUACCAACUUCGUUUUUUUUUUUCCUUCUUCAAUGUAUCCUUUGCAAAAGAGUCACGACUAUCACAACUUCCUCUUUUCAAGCAUAUUUAAAGCAAAGUUUUAUAAAUACGUGUCUUCUACAGUAACCCUCGGCUGGCCAAAGACUUAUGAAUAGAUUGUGUGUGCAUUUGUGUGAGUGUGUUUGUGUAUACCCUUGUCGAGACAUCAUGUGAUGGUUAUGAAGGGGCAUCAUCAUCAUACAAGCAAAGUGGUUCAUUUCCAGUCUUCCAUGAAAAUCAUGUCCAGCCAUGGGGAAAAUAUUACUUUGCUUGGAAACAGGGGAAGGGUUGGUGACGGGAAGAGCAUCCGGUCAUGAUAAAAGAAUCUACCUCAACAAAUUCUACCUGACCCAUGCAAGCAUGGAAAAGUAAACUUUAAAUGUUUAUUAUUAUUAUUCAUCGUUUAACGUCCGCUUUCCAUGCUAGCAUGAGUUUGACGAUUUGACUGAGGACUGGCGAACCAGAUGGCUGCACCAGGUUCCAAUCUGAUCUGGCAGAGUUUCUGCAGCUGGAUGCCCUUCCUAACGCUGAUUGUCUUACAAACUUCAUUAGCUUUCAGCUGUCUCUGCUAUAAGGUGUAGUGGACUACUCAGUGGAACAUACAUGUAUUGAGUUCCAUACCAGGAUAUUAGUAUUGUAAUGCCUAAGCAGUACAUAUAUAUAUAUAUAUAUAUAUAUAUAUAUAUACAUACACACACAUAUAUAUAUGUAUCAAACAAAAAUUGGAAACAGAACACAAAGGGUAUCGCGGUACAUGUGUUUCAAGCUUUAUAAACAAUCUGUCAAUUACAUCAGUAUAUGUAUAUUGUUGAUAUAAAGGACGGUUUAAAGCUAUCUCCAGCUGCAAACAUUGCUAGUCCCAAGAUUACAUCACAAAAAAAAAAAAAGAAAGAGAAAGAGAAAAAGUCCAUUUAGUAUUACCCAUUUAUCAUAUUCAUUUAUAAAAGUAUAUCUGCAUAAAAGUUUGUUGGAUUUCAGAAAUCUGCCCAUACUGUACCACAAUUAAGCAUAGAGUGAAUAUAUAUAUAUAUAUAUAUAUAUAUAUAUAUAUAUAUAAUCUAUAUCUAUAUCUAUAUAUAUAUACACACA